AUGAAGGCUUCAUUCAUCGCAACCCUCGUCGGCGCCGCCUUCGUGGCCGCUGAGUGCCCAGCUCCCGGCGCAACCGACAGCCAGGGUCGAUACAGCUGCAACCCAGCUCAUCAAUACCCCAAUGGUCAGACCUGUGGCUCAAUCGAAGGCUGCUACUACCUUCUCGGUCCUGAUGGCAAGCCCGUGAACAACAAGCCUGUCUCUUCUGCCAUGCCUACCCAGACUGGUGCGGCUUGCCCUCCCGCUGGCUCCAACGACAGCCAGGGCCGAUACAGCUGCAACCCAGCUCACCAGUAUCCCAAUGGUCAGACCUGCAAGGUCAUCGAGGGCUGCUACUUGCUCUGCGAUGCCAACGGCGUGCCUAUCAAGAACACCACCCCUACUGGCACUGCUCAGCCUACUCAGACUCCUGUCUGCCCUCCCGCGGGUCAGACUGAUAAGCAGGGUCGAUAUAGCUGCAACCCUGCUCAUCAGUACCCCAACGGUCAGACUUGCACCCUGGUGGAUGGCUGCUACUACCUCAGCUCUGGUGGUAAGCCUAUCAACAACAACGGUACUACUACUGCUCCUCCCCCGGUUGUUACGGCCGGUGCCUCUUCUCUCCAGGCCGCUGGCGCCCUGGUCAUGGCUGCAUUUGGUUUCCUUUUGUAA